AUGCUUAAGAACGCAGUCGCACUAGUCACUGGAGGUGCCUCAGGACUGGGCCGUGCCACGGUGGAACGGUUCGCGCGUGCCGGAUAUAAUGUGCUGCUGUGCGAUCUGCCCACCUCCAAGGGUAACGACGUCGCCAAAGAGCUGGGCGAGAAGGUGGUGUACGUGCCGGUCGAUGUACUGUCCGAAAAGGACGUGACUGGUGCGCUAGAACUGGCGAAAAGUAAAUUCGGCCGGUUGGAUGUGUCGGUCAACUGUGCCGGCGUUGCGGUGGCCGUGAAGACGUACAACUUCAACAAGAAGGUAGCACACAAGCUGGAGGAUUUCCAGCGCGUACUGUUGGUCAACACGGCCGGUACGUUCAACGUGAUUCGCCUAUCGGCGGGCCUGAUGGGUGAGAACGAACCGAAUGCGGAUGGUCAGCGCGGCGUCAUCGUGAAUACGGCCUCGGUGGCUGCUUACGAUGGCCAGAUUGGCCAGGCGGCUUAUUCCGCUUCGAAGGCAGCCGUGGUCGGUAUGACGCUACCAAUCGCACGCGAUCUCAGCACGCAAGGCAUUCGGAUCGUUACGGUCGCUCCGGGGCUGUUCAAUACCCCGAUGUUGCAGGCGCUGCCAGAGAAGGUUCGUGCGUUCCUGGCCAAGACUGUGCCAUUCCCACAACGGCUAGGUGAGCCGGCGGAAUACGCUCAGCUGGUUCAGAGCAUCGUGGAUAAUCCUAUGUUGAAUGGGGAAGUCAUUCGCUUGGAUGGGGCAUUGCGCAUGAUGCCUUGA